UCCUCCUCGCUAAAUGAAAUGCAAUCUAUUUAGCACUUGUUGAUGAAUGAAUAACGUACAUAUAAUAUUGCUAACUGUAUUUAUCUAGCGAAUAGCAGAAUAUAUGAUAGAAGCGAACGUUAGUUCACAAUACGGUAUUCUGUUCGACAAUACUUGCCUCCAAGCUUAGGCUUGCUAGCAGUAGCUAGCCAACGUUAGCUAGCUAGCGUAAGAAAGAUGAAUAGACUUAAAGGCGACUUUAGCUGACUAUUUAUGUUUGCUGAAUUGCAUUACAUUAGCUAACUACAUUUUGCUGAAUUGCAUUACAUUAGCUAACUAACUUAGUUCCUAAUUUAUGUAACGUAUCCGUUAGGUAAUUUAGCCGGCAAUGGCUAGACUGAUAACUAGAUGGCUUCUAACGUCUUCCAAUUCAUAGGAGUGCAUGGCAAGCUGAUUAGCUAUGCAGCUAGCUUGAUUCAAGUGCCCAGUGUGGCAUGGUCAAAAAUCAUGUGGAUGACUAACGUUAGCUGGCUAGUAGGUCAGCAUGUUCGCUGAACUUGCUCAAUGAGAAUGAUAAUCUUCACGUUGGGCAACAUUAUGUAGCUGCCAUUGUGUUUUUUGGUAUGACAUAUUUUACGCUGCCUCUUUCCCACAUCUCACCCAACUCGGAGACACAGCGACAUACUGACACACACUGCAAUACUAACCAGCUUUAUUUCUCAUUGUUCCCCAGAAUUGUCGUCAUUAAGUACACUAUUUGCACUCUCACUUUUUACCCAAUUGAAUUGAUAAGAUUGAAAGAUGUACCACAAAGAGAAGAGCAUUCAGAUGAAAAGCAGUGCGUCUGCGCUAUACAACAACCUGAGCGUGCUGCGCAUAGCCCCGCGGAGCCUGACCUAUUUCACAGUGGUACACGCCAACAUGGUCAAUAUGGUCAGUGCUUCUUGGGACGGACUCAACUACUCCCACCGCCAGCUGCAGUCCAAAGAGGCCAACGUAGCUACCAGCUCCUCCCUCAUCAUGCAGGCAGCCUGGUGUGUCCUCCCAUCUCGUGACAUCCUGGUGCUCACCUCUCAGAAAGGCAUCCAGAUGUAUGAGUCGGAUGGAUCCAUAAUGGUAUACUGGCAUGCACUGGACACGCCUGAAACCCAAACAGCUCAGGCAGUGUUUGCUCGAGGGAUUGCAGCAGUGCGGGAAAAAUACAUCUGUGUGGGCAUCUCGUCUGGCUCUAUGCUGGUGUUUGACGUCCCCAUUAAAGGCAGUAACAUCACCCUCUCGGAGGUGCUGGAGGAGCACAAGGAGUCCAUCACGGAUUUGGCCUCAGAAUGUUCCGGUAGCCUGGAGUGCAUUGCAGAAAUGGUGAGUGCUGACGACUCUGGCAAUCUCUGUGUGUGGAAGUCAGGAGAGGACUUCCAGCUGCUCAACAAGAUCCCUGGUUUUGAUAUGAGCUGCUCCUCAGUGAAGCUGUGGAAGGGAACCGUGGUGGCAGGCUAUGGCACAGGGCAGAUCCGUCUCUACGAGGCCGUGACAGGGAUCGUCCACGCUGAGGUCAACGCCCACGCACGCUGGAUCUACUCCUUGGACAUCGCCCCCUUCUCUGGCCUGCUUCUUUCUGCUGCUGAGGACUCUCUGGUUAGAGUGUGGCAUCUGACCUUGACCCCUGAGACUAACAGUGUGGAGAUCGUGCACAUGUAUAACGAGUGUGUGACAGAUACCCAGAUCUGCGGGGCUAAGUUCUGCGACGGGGACGGCUACGCCUUCGCUGUGACGGGCUACGACCUGAGUGAGAUCAUCCGCUACACACAGGUCUAACAGCAGUAGCACGCACCACGGGAGAUGUGUGUGAGUGUGUGUGUGAGGUUGACGUGAACGGAGUGUGUCAGCUCAGCAGUAUCUCUGUUGGGGAGUGUGUGACUAAAGAGAAGCCUACAGCAGGAAACAUCUGCCUGAUAGACCAUGCAGCAUCUAAUUCCACCAGAUCAAUGGUCUACAGAGAGACGGAAAGCCUAUGAAGGUUAACUCAGAAGCAAACCAGGGCUGUGACCCCAUCUCCAUCUACUAUGGCCUAACUAGAGGACAUGAUACAGUAUGUAUGUCUACAGCGUCUCUCCCAUGGAUAUUAACUUUGGUCCAGAGGUCAGAUAGAGACAACAUUCUUCUAUCAAGUAGUUUCCUACGUAUCAAUGCGCGAAAGGAAAAGUGAGGCAUCUUACUAUAUAUGAGGAGAAAUAUGAUUUGUAGUGCAAUGUGACCUUGUAUAUUUUGACUGAUCACAUACUGGCUUAUGCUGACACGUUUCCUCUGUGUUGAGUAUUGGUGUGUGCGUGUGUGUGUGUGUGUGCGCGAGUAACGGACCAUGAAACUACAGAUGAGUGUGUAUAAAUCUGUUUUACAGAUUUAAAAUGAAGGGAGCAGACUAUACUGUAACGACGUAGGGUUGCUGACAGCAGCACAAGUCCUCAGGUGUCUCAGUAUAUCAUUGUUGCAAGUCUUUACAACGUGUAUGGUAAUGUAGGUCGUUCAGCAUUCAGUUUGGAAAUGUAACAUUCCUUUGACUUAGUAAGUCUUGAAUAUUAUUAUUGUACAGCAUCACUGUAUAAAUGUACUGUAACUAUGAAUCAACUUGACAAUAAAUAUUUAUUGUAGAUAA